AAUGGUUAAUAAUACUACAUUAGCUCUGAAACAUUAGCGCUGAUUUUCUUCAGUUUACCCUUGAUUAAAAGUGUUUAUUAAUAAUAUUAAACAACAUGAACAACACAACCAAAUAUCUGGUAGAAAUACCGCCUUCCUGGAGAAAAGCGUGCCCGUGUUCCAAAUCGCUUACUAUUAAACACAAAGGGCACUACGAAUCCAUUAGAAACCUCCCUACGUAGUACACUAAUGUAGUGUAUAAGCACCUAAUUUGACACACAGCCGGCGGGUGACUGGGGCAGUGCAUGUACGUAGCUUAGCAACUCCAAACAGUUCAGUGACAGCGCUGAGGCUGCUGCUGAACAGGAGAGUCCAACUUUCUGUGCUGUAUUUCUUAUUUCCCUGGACUUGAACAUUUGAAAACUAUUUCACUUUAUAAAGUAUGUUAAACUUGUCCGAAACAUACCGGAUUUAAAGAAGGUAGAGUUGGAGAGUGGAAACAGAAUGUCGUCGUCCAAUCCAAGUGGACGGACCCAAAAGCACGGCACACACAGGGCAUCAGGAGAGCGCUCCCCUAUGUUACCGCCCUCCCUCACACCAGUGGACCCAGAGAUGCUAAAAUCCCGCCUCAUAUCAUCAGGACCCGGUGUCCUUCAGCGUGAUCCUGAUGCCCUGGUGUUCACACCACAGACCUUUAUACAGCUGAGACAAAGUAGUACACCCAAACCUAUGCGCCAGGAGCUACUGCCGGCUCUGAAACAGCAUCACAACCGAAAACGGCCAGAGGAUUUUGACAGGAAAACCCGUGAGAGAAGCACUGGAUGGAUGCCUCCUCUAGAAAAGACAAGCUCCAGUUCCUCUUCUCUACACCUCCCGGAGAUUCCAGACCAUCUAAAAGAAAGACAGGUGCAGCUCACUCAGAGCUCCGCUCCAUCAACCAAAAAGCCAAGGAGCUCCACCAAAACUCGGACCGCCGCUCUGAGCCACACCCCUUCCCCGCCCACCUCCGUUCCGCUGCACUUUGGCUCCGUAGAGGAAAUGAUCCGCGCCGGGAUCCGCUCUCCGUACAAGAUCACGCAGAUCAUCCGGAACAACCCUCACAUUGGAUUCUUGUACAUGGCGCUAACGGAUGCUUCUAAAUCAUCCUAUGACUUGAAGAUCGUACCAUAUUCAGCGCUGAAUAAGUCGAAUUAUUACACCAUCAGCGUACACGGUGUGACGCACUAUAGUAGCGAUGGCGUGAGCUUCACGUCGCUGGAGUGCUGGGAGCAGGAAUGCCUUUACCACCAACAGCUCCUGCGCAUCCCGACCUUCGCUCUCUUCCGGAAGAGAAAAGCGUUCCGUCUGUGGCGCGCCAACGUGCGCUACAAAACGAUCAACAAGUGCAAGCGUGCCUUGCGAGAGAGACUGUUUAUAACAAAUGAGUGUCUGAGACCGGCGUUGAUGAGCAUCAGGGAGCUGUGCUAUCGCAUAAACAACCUGAGCCUAUGCAAAAUCACUACGCAGCAAACAUACACGCUCGAGGAGUUCCAGACCGCUCAGUCCAAUCAUCUGGACGAGGUGUCAUCACGGCUGAGGGAAUUCCAAGAGCUGGUGAAGGAGGUGGCGGUGACGGCGUGUCACACAGCUCUGCUGGAGGCUGGAUAUAUUCCUGACCAUGGCAAAGAUGGAGAUGAAAAUAAGCCGUGUGCUGAUUUGGAGCAUUUAUAUGAAGAGGUUCCAGACAAAAUGGUCUACACUAACCAGCUCAACAAGAAAUGCCACUGCAGUCGCCUUACUUGUUUCAUCCGCCUGGCUGAUUAUUUGAUCAUGAGCUCUCUGCACACUCUGGCCGUCAACUCCAUCAGCAAGCUGCUGAGCGCACUCCAGGAGCACAACGCACACACGCCAUCACACACACUCAUACAGAGCUGGGUCAGUGCCGAGGCCGCAUGUGAUGCAGACGAGAAGGAUAGUGUGUUGGAACAGAAUGCUGAAGCAUCAGUGUUACCUAUGUUUAUCACAGAGCUGAUGCUGGACACGCAUGCGCUGUACUUCCAGCCGUCCAUCAAGGACUUCCAGGACGUUGUAGCAGAGAUCAUCUCCCGCUUCCAUGAGACUGUCCUGUUCUUGGAGCCUCUAGUUAGAAACUCAGACUUUGAUCCUUUCACACGACCCAUUAUUAACAAUAAGAUCGAGGAGAAGGCUUGUGGUGAUGGUCCAGAUUUAGACGCCACACUGGAAAACGAUCAGCACCUACAGAACAUCAUCCGUAACAUAAAGAAUUCCAUUCAGUUUGCGUUUGAUGCCGCUGAUGCGUAUGCCCACACCUUCAAGUCAUUCCAAGUCUUCUAUAAGGAGAACGAAAGCCUGGACCUGGAAGCUCUCGCAGAGCAGGAGCACGAUUUGGAGUAUUUCGGUGAAAGUCUGAAGCGGUAUCAUAGCCAGCAUAAGGAAGCCUUGGCCGUUAAGCCGAAGAGACACCUGGGCAUCCUGCUGGUGGACACGACUCAACUGAAAAGCAAGCUAACACCAUGUCCACUGCGCUGCCUAGAGGCCAUUAACAAAAUGCUCCCGACGUUGGCUAAAAGAAAAAUGGACGCGGUCAUCGCUGAGAUGCAAGACGCCUGCUUCAAACUGGAGCUCACCCCUACAGCUACCACUGAGUACGUCAACUCCCUCACCUUCCUAGAGGAGAUCCAGGAUCGGGUUGGGUUCCUGGACCAGGAGGUCGAGACGGUAUGUGAGAUAUAUAAGCUGAUUGAAAGCUACUCCGUCCCCACUCCUCCGGAAGACCUCGCUGUUUUCGGUACACUCCGUCCAUCCAGGUCGUCGAUGAAUAACGCCAUCGACAAGGCGGUCGGGGAGAGAGACGCCAAUGUGGCCAAGUUUUGUCAGCACCUGCAGCAAGACAUCAAGGAACUGACCAAUGAGGUGAUGAGGAUCAAACAACAAGCAGAGAACAGGCUGAUUCUGGAUAUCGAUGCAAAUCGAGAUCAAGUGCGUACAUUGCUGGGAGAAAUCCAGCACUCCAUAGAUGAGCUGCAAGAGCAAGCCUUUCGCUAUAAAUCCUACCAGAAGAACUUUAAGGUGGAAGUGACAAAAUACGACUCUUUGGAGGAGUUGAGUGCUGAGGUGAAGCUGAAGCAUUUGCUGUGGGAUUCAUUUGAAGAGUGGGACAAGUUGCAGAACAGCUGGAUGCAGAGUAUGUUUCAUGAUCUCGACCCGGAGCUCCUGAGUGCUCAGGUGAACAAGUACGGCAAGUACGUGAACCAGCUGGAGAAAGGGCUUCCACCCAACAGUGUUGUGCCCCACCUCAAAGCUGGCGUGGAGGCCAUGAAGGAAAAGCUACCAGUGAUCACUGACUUGCGUAACCCAUGUCUAAAAGAACACCACUGGAGCAUGUUAGAGAGCAUCGUAGGGGUCAGCCUGCUGGACAACUCGCUCACUCUUGAUGCAUUGCGAGACAUCAAUGUUUUCAGCUAUGCUGUGGAGAUCCAGGAGAUUUCCGGCCAGGCAUCGGGAGAGGCAGCUCUAGAGACGGUGGUGAAAAAGGUGGAGGACUCAUGGAAGAACACAGAGUUUGUGGUGCUGUUACAUCGCGAUUACAAAGACGUGUUUAUUCUCGGAGGCACAGAUGAUAUCCAGGUGUUGUUGGAUGACAGCAUCAUCAACAUGGCCACAGUGGCAUCUUCACGUUAUGUGGGUCCCAUAAAGGCCAAAGUAGAUGAGUGGCAGCGACAGCUCUCCCUGUUCAGCCAGACACUGGACGAGUGGCUGACGUGUCAGAGGAACUGGCUGUAUUUGGAGAGCAUCUUCAAUGCUCCUGAUAUCCAGAGGCAGCUUCCUACUGAGGCCAGUAUGUUCCUGCAGGUGGACAAAUCCUGGAAAAACGUGAUGAGGAAGGUGAACGCCUUUCCCAAUGCACUGCGUGCUGCUACACAGACAGGGCUUUUAGAGAACUUCCAGAACAAUAAUGCUCUACUGGACAACAUUCAGAAAUGCCUGGAGGCCUACCUAGAGUCUAAGAGAGUUAUUUUCCCCAGGUUCUACUUCCUGUCCAAUGACGAGCUGCUGGAGAUCCUGGCACAGACGCGCAACCCCCAGGCAGUGCAGCCCCACCUCAGGAAGUGCUUCGACGCUAUCUCCAGGCUGGAGUUUGCCUUGCAGACAACUGACGCUGUCAGCGAGGCUGAGAAACUCUACACCACUGACAUCCUGGCCAUGAUCUCACCUGAGGGAGAGAAGGUGGCUCUAGGAAAAGGCCUUAAAGCUCGUGGGAAUGUAGAGGACUGGUUGGGGAAGGUGGAGGAGGUCAUGUUCACCUCUCUCAGACUCCUCAGCAAGGCCGCUAUCGCCGAUUACCAGAGCAAGCCACGGGUGGAGUGGGUGGUGUCUGGACAUCCUUCACAGGUGGUGCUGACCAUCUCCCAGCUGAUGUGGUGCAGAGACAUGGACAACUGCCUGGAGGGAGACCAUGGCCACUUCCAGGCCCUCCAGCAGUUUGAGCUCACAAACUUUGAGAGGCUGAAUGCACUGGCCGCUCUGGUGCGAGGUAACUUACCCAAAAUCCAUCGGAACAUCAUCACAGCUCUCAUUACUGUGGACGUCCACGCCAGAGACAUUGUCACUGAGCUUGUCAAAGAAAGGGUGGACUCGAGCAGUAACUUUGAGUGGCAGAGGCAGCUGCGCUACUACUGGGAUAUGGAUCUGGAUAACUGCGUGGCCAGAAUGGCUCUGUCUCAAUACGUCUACGGAUACGAGUACCUGGGAGCUUGUCCACGUCUGGUCAUCACCCCACUGACGGAUCGUUGUUACCUGUGUCUGAUGGGGGCACUACAGCUGGACUUGGGUGGCGCUCCGGCAGGUCCUGCUGGCACCGGAAAAACCGAGACCACUAAAGACCUGGCCAAAGCUUUAGCCAUCCAGUGUGUGGUCUUUAACUGUUCUGAUGGACUUGAUUACAAGAUGAUGGGUACAUUCUUCAGUGGUUUGGCUCAGUCUGGAGCCUGGUGUUGUUUUGACGAGUUCAACCGCAUCAACAUUGAGGUGCUCUCUGUCAUCGCCCAACAGCUCAUCGUUAUCAGGAACGCAAAGGCGGCGAAGCUGUCUCGGUUCAUGUUUGAAGGGAGAGAGAUUAAGCUGGUGAUGACGUGCGCCGCUUUCAUCACGAUGAACCCAGGCUACGCAGGAAGGACCGAGCUCCCAGACAAUCUGAAGGCCCUCUUCAGACCCAUCGCCAUGAUGGUGCCCAACUACGCCCUCAUCGCUGAGGUGAUCUUGUACUCUGAGGGCUUCGAGUCCAGUAAGACUCUGGCGAGGAAGAUGACUCAGAUGUAUAAACUGUGCAGCGAGCAGCUUUCCCAGCAGGACCACUAUGACUUCGGCAUGAGAGCCGUCAAAUCCGUUCUCGUCAUGGCCGGGUCUCUGAAGCGAGAGAACCCCCACCUGAGUGAGGAUGUGGUGUUGAUCAGAGCGCUACGAGACUCCAACCUGCCCAAGUUCCUCAAGGAUGAUGCUGAGCUUUUUGGCGGUAUCCUGUCGGACCUCUUCCCUGGCGUUUGUAUCCCCGAGCACGACUACGGAGCGCUCCAGUUGAGUAUCCAAGCGGCUCUGUGCGCCCGCUCCCUGCAGCCCGUCUCCAGCAUGACCGGGAAGGUGAUCCAGCUGUACGAGACCAUGCUGGUGCGCCACGGCGUCAUGCUGGUGGGUCCUACAGGAGGCGGGAAGACCACGGUGUACCGCGUCCUCGCCGACGCUCUGCAGGCGCUCCACGAAUCCGAAGGCUGCGAGGCGAAUCCCUUCUACCAGCCCGUCAAGACCUACGUGCUCAACCCGAAGUCUGUGAGCAUGGGCGAGCUGUACGGCGAAGCUAACCCUCUCACGCUGGAAUGGAGGGACGGCUUGAUGGCGCUGUGCGUCCGCGCCGCCGCCAACGACCCCACAGAUACACACAAGUGGGUGGUGAGCGACGGACCCGUGGACGCGCUGUGGAUCGAGAACAUGAACACCGUGUUGGACGACAACAAGAUGCUGUGUCUGGCUAACAGCGAGCGGAUCAAGCUCACACCUUCUAUACACAUGCUCUUUGAGGUUCAGGAUUUAGCUGUAGCCUCUCCAGCCACGGUCAGUCGCUGUGGGAUGGUGUACAUCGACCCGGAGGAGCUGAAAUGGAUGCCGUAUGUGCGGACAUGGCUCACAGGGCUCUCAGACAAGGUUACGGAGCCUGUGCGUGCUUACCUGAUGAAGCUCUUUGAGCGCUAUGUGGAGAAGGGUCUCCGGUUUGUUUCGAAGCGCUGCAUCCAGGCCAUGGCUCAGGUGGACAUCAGCAAAGUCACCACCCUGUGCUGCCUCCUCGAGGCACUGCUGUUCAGCAAGGACACCCCCAGCCUAAAAAUGGACUCUACUCAGCUGAACAGUUUGCUCUGCCAGACGUUUGUGUUCUGCUACAUCUGGGCUGUAGGCGGGAAUCUGACAGACGGCUGCUGGGACGCUUUUGACAGCUUCGUCAGGCAGCAGUUCGAGGACAACGCAGACGCCAAGCUCCCGAGUGGAGGCGACCUAUGGAGUGUGUAUAUGGACUUUGAGACUAAGCGCUUGGAGCCGUGGGAGAGGAUCAUUCCAUUCUUCAGGUAUAACAAGGAGGUUCCUUUCUUUGAGAUGUUGGUGCCCACUAUGGAUACGGUGCGUUAUGGAUACCUGAUGGAAAAACUGCUCUCUGUGGGACACUCUGUGCUUUUCACCGGCAUCACUGGAGUAGGAAAGUCUGUGGUGGCUCGUGGCUUGUUGAACAGCAUACAGGAGCAGGCAGGGUACGUUCCCGUCUACAUCAACUUCUCCGCCCAGACGUCCUCGGCUAGGACUCAGGAGAUCAUCGAGUCCAAACUGGAGAAGAAGAGGAAGAAUAUACUGGGUGCUCCUGCUAAUAAGCGCGUGGUGGUGUUCGUGGACGAUCUGAACAUGCCGAAGUUGGACUCUUACGGCUCGCAGCCUCCGAUAGAGCUCCUGCGGCAGUUUCAGGACUUCAAGGGCUUCUACGACCGUGACAAGUUCUUCUGGAAGGAGAUUCAGGAUAUGACCGUAGCGGCAGCGUGCGCGCCCCCUGGUGGAGGCCGUAACCCUGUGACCCCCCGUUUCAUCCGCCAUUUCAGCAUGCUCUGCCUUCCGACGCCCUCCGAGCACAGCCUUAAGCAGAUUUUUAAGGCGAUCCUGUGUGGCUUCCUCGCUGAUUUCCCAGCGGCAGUGAAGCAGGCUGCAGGCAGUAUAGUGGAUGCUGCAGUGGAGAUUUACCGCCGCAUGAGCGUGGAUCUGCUUCCCACCCCAGCCAAAUCCCACUAUGUGUUCAACCUGCGAGAUCUGUCCAAGUGUGUGCAGGGCAUGCUGCAGUGCGAGCCUGGCACGGUGCAGGAUCAGAACCAGAUCUUCCGUCUCUUCUGUCACGAGUGUCAGCGUGUAUUUCACGACCGUCUCAUCAACAACGAAGACAAGACCUACUUCAACACCAUGAUCUGCGAGAUGGCCAGUAAAUAUUUCAGCAUCAAUUUGGAGCCCGGUUAUCUCACCAAGCAUCCGAUUAUUUUUGGAGAUUUCAUAAAGGUCGGAGCAGAGAAGGCAGACCGCGUCUAUGAAGACCUGACAGACACAGAGAAGAUCCGGAACGUUCUGCAAGACUACCUGGACGACUACAACAUGACCUUCGCCAAGGAAACCAAGCUGGUGUUCUUCCAGGAUGCCAUCGAACAUGUCUCCAGAAUCGCACGGAUGAUCCGGCAAGAGCGUGGCAACGCCCUGCUGGUGGGUGUGGGCGGGACAGGGAAGCAAUCUCUCACGCGAUUGGCCGCUCACAUGUGCGGCUACCGCUGCUUCCAGAUCGAGCUCAGCCGCGGCUACAACUACGACAGUUUCCACGACGAUCUGCGUAAACUGUACAAGAUGGCCGGCGUUGAGGGCCAGGACAUGGUUUUCCUCUUCACUGACACUCAGAUCGUAGUGGAGGAGUUCCUGGAGGACAUCAACAACAUGUUGAACUCUGGUGAGGUUCCCAACCUGUUCGAGAAGGACGAGCUGGAGCAGGUGCUGGCAGCGACGCGGCCUCGCGCCAAGGAGGCGGGAAUCCCCGAGAGCAACCGGGACGAGGUCUUCCAGUACUUCAUCUCUCGUGUACGGGAGAAGCUGCACAUAGUGUUGUGUAUGAGUCCGGUGGGCGAUGCCUUCCGCUCACGCUGCCGUAUGUUCCCAUCGCUCGUCAACUGCUGCACCAUCGACUGGUUUGUCCAGUGGCCGCACGAAGCCCUCCUGUCUGUCUCGCAGACGUUUUUCCAGACCGUGGACUUUGGCAGCGAGGAGAUGGCGAACUGUUUGUCUCAGAUGUGUGUGGAGAUCCACAUGAGCGUGACGGACAUGGCCGAGCGCUUCUAUUCAGAGCUGCGCCGCCGCUAUUACACCACGCCCACUUCUUAUCUGGAGCUCAUUAACCUUUACCUGAGCAUGCUGGGAAAUAAGAGGCAGCAGCUGGAGGCGGCGCGUGAUCGAGUGAAGAAUGGUCUGACAAAGCUGUUAGAGACCAACGAGCUGGUGGAUAAGAUGAAGGCGGAACUGUCGGCCCUGGAGCCCGUGCUCACGCAGAAAUCCAUCGAUGUCAGUGCCCUCAUGGAGAAAAUCGCUGUGGACCAGGAGAAAGCUGACCAGGUGCGCAGUGUGGUGAAGGUGGACGAGGCCUUGGCAAAGGAGAAAGCCGAUAACACGAAGGCCAUCGCAGAAGAAGCACAGAGAGACCUGGACAAGGCUCUGCCCGCUCUGGAGAAGGCCAACAAGGCUCUGGACGCUCUGGACAAGGCCGACAUCGCCGAGAUCCGAGUGUUCACCAAACCACCUGACCUCGUCAUGACCGUCAUGGAGGCAGUGUGUAUCCUGCUCAACGCCAGGACAGACUGGGCAAGCGCCAAGCAAGUCCUCGGCGAUGCCAACUUCCUGAAGAAGCUCACGGACUUCGACAAAGACAACAUCCAUCCACAGAUCCUUCAAAAGCUGCAGCGCUACAUCCAGAACCCUGAUUUCAUACCUGAGAAGGUGGAGAAGGUGUCCAAAGCCUGCAAGUCCAUGUGCAUGUGGGUGAGAGCUAUGGACCUUUAUUCCCGCGUGCUCAAAGAAGUUGGACCUAAACGAGAGAAACUGGCCUCGGCCCAGGCGGAGCUGGAUGCAACCUCAGCAACUCUGAAGCAGAAGCAGGCCAAACUACAGGAGGUGGAGAACGAGAUCAAAGUUCUGCAGCAGCAGUUCAGCUCCAGCGUUGCUGAGAAAGAGACCCUGGCUGAAAGCAUGGCUCUGACCAAGGCGAGGCUGAAUCGCUCGGGGAAGCUAACUUCGGCGCUGGCUGACGAGCGCGUGCGCUGGCAAGAAAGCAUCGCAUUGUUCGAGAUGGAGAUCAACAACCUGGUGGGAAACGUGUUCAUCGGAGCCGCAUGCGUGGCUUACUACGGAGCUUUCACUUCCCACUACAGACAGCUGCUGAUAGAGCAGUGGAUCUCACGCUGUCAGGAGUUGGGGAUCCCCAUCAGCUCCAACUUCAGUCUGAUUGGAAUCCUGGGCGACCCGUACGAGAUUCGGAUGUGGAAUUCUGAAGGUUUGCCCCGCGACAAUGUUUCCACAGAGAACGGUAUCCUGGUGACUCGUGGACGCCGCUGGCCCCUCAUGAUCGACCCCCAAGAUCAGGCGAACCGCUGGAUCCGCACCAGAGAGGCAAAGAACAGCCUGAAGGUCAUCAAACUGACGGACCCCGGGUUCCUCCGCACUCUCGAGAACGCCAUCCGCCUGGGCAUGCCUGUCCUACUGGAAGAGCUUAAAGAAACUCUGGACCCUGCUCUGGAGCCUGUACUGCUGAAACAGACGUUCGUGUCUGGUGGCAGGACGCUGAUCCGUCUGGGAGAUUCUGACAUCGACUACGACAAAAACUUCCGCUUUUACAUGACCACCAAGAUGGCCAAUCCCCACUACCUUCCUGAGGUUUGCAUCAAAGUGACUAUCAUCAACUUCACGGUGACUAAGUCAGGACUGGAAGAUCAACUCCUCAGUGAUGUGGUGCGCCUGGAGCAGCCCGAGCUGGAGAAGCAAAGAAACGAGCUGAUCGUCAGCAUCAACGCCGACCGUAACCAGCUUAAAGCCAUCGAGGAGCGCAUCCUCAAGCUGCUCUUCACCUCGCAGGGCAACAUCCUUGACAACGAGGAGCUCAUCAACGCCCUGCAAGAGUCAAAGGUGACUUCAGAGGCUAUCAAAUCCCGUCUGGAAGAAGCCGAGGCCACAGAGUUGAAGAUAAACACCGCCAGGGAGAAAUAUCGGCCCGUGGCCACCCGGGGCUCGGUCAUGUAUUUCGUCAUCGCUAGCCUUUCAGAGAUUGACCCCAUGUACCAGUUCUCCUUAAAGUAUUUCAAACAGCUGUUCAACAGCACUAUCGAGACGUCGGAGAAGCACAGCGAGCUCAGCGUGCGCUUACAGAUCCUGCUGGAUUCCACGCUGCUCAGCGCCUACACCAACGUCUCGCGAGGCCUCUUCGAGCAGCACAAAACCAUCUACAGCUUCAUGCUGUGUGUGGAGAUCAUGAUGCAGAGGGAGGAAAUCUCCCCACAAGAGUGGUUCUACUUCCUCCGAGGAGCAGGAGGCAUGGAUAAGGAGACACCGGAAAAGCCCAGUGUUCCCUGGUUGUCUGAUUACGUGUGGGAGACGUGUAGUGACCUGGAGAAGAACCUGCCCUGCUUCAGAGGCAUCAAGAACGACAUCAUAUCAACACCUGUUACUGUGCAGCUGGGAAGCUUGGAGGUAGCCCUGAAUCCAGAGCAGUGGGACGGCUAUGUGUCAGACCUCGAACUGUACUCGGACAACACGUCCUCCGACCAGCUACCUGAGGUCAGAGGUCACUGGAACGAGCGUCUCGAACCCUUCCAGAAGCUCAUCCUGAUUAAGAGCUUCAGUGAAGAAAAGGUCGUGCUCGCCGUGACCGAGUUCGUGAUCGCCAGUCUUGGGAAGCCGUUUGUGGAAAAUCCACCGGUGGAUCUGGCAACCCUGUACGCAGACAUGUCUCCCUCCACACCGCUGGUGUUCAUCCUCAGCACCGGCUCCGAUCCCAUGGGGGCUUUCCAGAGAUUCGCCAAGGAGCGUGGAUACCUGGACAGAGUGGAGUCUAUCUCUCUGGGACAGGGUCAGGGCCCGAUAGCGGAGAUGAUGAUUUCCAAAGCUCAGAAGGAUGGGAACUGGAUCUUCCUGCAGAACUGCCACCUCGCUGUCUCCUGGAUGCUGUCCAUGGAGGAAAUCAUCAAGAGCUUCUCUGAGCCUGAUGUUAUUAUCCAUGAGAACUUCAGGCUGUUCCUCAGCUCCAUGCCUACCAGCGCUUUCCCCGUCACCGUGCUCCAAAACUCUGUCAAGGUGACUAACGAGCCGCCGAAGGGCCUGCGUGCGAACGUGAGACGAGCUUUUACAGAAAUCAGCAGCACGUUCUUCGAGGAGCACGUCCUGGGCAGGAAGUGGAGGAAGAUCAUCUUUGGAGUGUGUUUCUUUCAUGCCAUUGUUCAGGAGAGGAAGAAAUUCGGGCCUCUCGGCUGGAACAUCCGUUACGAGUUCAACGACAGCGACAGGGAGUGUGCACUUCUCAACCUGAAGCUCUACUGCAAGACAGAACACAUCCCCUGGGACGCGCUCAUCUACAUCACCGGAGAAAUUACAUAUGGAGGAAGAGUAACAGACGCUUGGGAUCAGCGCUGUUUGCGCACCAUUCUCAAGCGCUUCUUCUCACCCGAGACUCUGAAGGAGGGAUACAAGUACUCAGCGUCAGGGAUCUACUCCGCUCCCGAGUCUGACAGCCUGAGUGAGUACCACAGCUACAUCGAGAACCUGCCCAUCAUCGACGAUCCCGAGAUCUUCGGCAUGCAUGAGAACGCUAACCUGGCUUUCCAGAGGCAGGAGACAGUGACUCUGAUUAACACCAUCCUGGAGGUGCAGCCCCGCUCCUUAGCAGCUGCUGGAGGGAAGAGUAAUGACGAGGUGGUGCAUGAACUCGCAGACUCCAUCCUCAACAAGAUUCCAGAUAAGCUCAACAUGGACAGCGCAUCAGAAACCCUGUUUGUUCGAGACUCUAACGGCCGAGCGAACUCUCUGACCACCGUGCUGGGACAGGAAGUGGACCGUUUCAACGUCCUGCUGCGUGUGUUACGGACUUCCCUGUGCACCCUGCAGAAGGCCAUAGCUGGUUUGGUGGUGAUGUCUGAGGAGAUGGAGCGGAUUUACAACAGCUUCCUGAACAACCAGGUGCCUGAGCACUGGGCCAGCGCCGCCUACCCGUCCCUGAAGCCUCUGGGCAGCUGGGUCCGAGACCUGGCACUGCGCACCGCCUUCAUAGACAGCUGGAUAAGCAGAGGUCAGCCCAAGUCUUUCUGGAUCUCUGGGUUCUUCUUCCCUCAGGGCUUUCUGACAGGAACGCUGCAGAACCACGCACGGAAGUACAACCUGCCCAUCGACGAGCUCAACUUCCGUUUCAACGUGAUCCCGGCGUACCGAGACCAGGCCGUCAUCAAUGAAGCCCUGAAGAACCUCGGACCAGACGCAGAACUCGAAGAGGACAAGAAGCUCCCCAGCAUUGAGGAUGGCGUGUUAGUGCACGGGAUGUACAUGGACUCGAGUCGCUGGGACGACGUGAACAUGGUGAUGGAGGAUGCGCUGCCGCAGGUGAUGAACCCCACGCUACCUGUGGUGCAGUUUGAGCCUCAGAAGAACUACGUACCUGAUCCAUCACUGUACCACGCACCGCUGUAUAAAACCUCAGCCAGAGCAGGAACUCUGUCCACUACAGGACACUCCACUAACUUUGUGGUGACCGUUCUGCUGCCGUCCAGCAAGCCCAGCGAUUACUGGAUCUCCAAAGCCUCAGCGCUGCUGUGCCAACUCAACGAGUGAGCGACACGUGCACACUCCCCUUCCCUCUCCCAUAGUCACUCUCCUCUCAACGGCAAACAUGCAAUGAACUGUAUAUAAGUGAAAAUUCAUGUUCUCAGUAAAACACGUCAU